AGGAAGAUCCAAUCCAAUGGUACUGUGCACUUUCUCUGUGGUAUCACCAUCCCACUCUUCAGCAAUCGCGCUCUCUCCCGCGAAACUUCAUCUCUCAAACUCAAAUGCUCUCAUGCUACGCCUCUGCUUGCCACUACCCAUGUCUCCUUCUCUCUCUCUGAAACUCAGUUGCAGAAGAAACUCCUUCUCCCGCAUCCUUAGUGCUUCCCCGACCCAGAAUCACCUUUACCCUGACCCAAAUCCCGAAUUCGCGGAAUCUGAGACCCAGAAGUUCAGAGCCGAGCUGUUUGAGAGGCUAUCAGAGAACAGAGACGAGUUUGGGGAUGAUCUCGAUACGGUCGUCGAUGUUUGUGCUCAGAUAUUUAGUGAAUUCAUGCACAAGGAGUAUGGAGGCCCUGGGACAUUAUUGGUGGAGCCCUUCACGGAUAUGUUAAUUGCUCUAAAGAAGAAGAAAUUGCCUGGAGCACCUCUGGCUGCAAGAGCAUCUCUUUUGUGGGCUCAAAAUUAUGUUGACGGUGACUGGCAAGUUUGGAACUCAAAAUUAUAGUGACUUCCAAUUUACAUUCCUUUUUAUCAUCAUCAUCAUCAUCAUCAUCAUCAUCAUUUUUAUUAUUUUUACAAGCUUUCUUGAAGUUGUUUGUAAGAGAACUAAGUAAACUGCUUGUCUUGCUGUAAGUAAAAGGAAGAUUUGGAUUCUUUAACUAUAUCAAUCACAAAACUCACUUUCAUUUUUU